GACGGGGUGAGGACGAGAGGAGAAGAGAGGAGAAGAGAGGUCGCGAGCGACAGUUGGGUUGCGCGAGCGAGGCGAGCGAGGCGAGCGGACUUACGUGCGGGUGUGAGUUCGCGUUUACUGGGAAGUCGCGAUCGCGAGUUCGGUGCGUGCACACAUCGGCUCGCGUACGCAUAUAUAUGCGUAUACAUAUAUGCCCGUCUCGGCCACGAUCGACGGCAGGUUGAACGGCGGAGUAGCGGAUGGCUCGCGACUCUGGCCGACAGGCUGGCUGAACAUGAUGCGCGCCUGCGACGACACGUUCGAUGUACGAUUGGAGAGGUUCAGGGCGACGAUGACGGCGACGAGCGGCGCCGUCGCGACGGCGGCGUCGGGGAACGGGGACGUGGGCGCGACGGAGAAGGUAGCGACGUCGAGGAAGUGCGAGGGACAGCUGUCGAUGCUGUGUGCGGCGAACAGCUGUUCGUCCUGCAAACCUGCCGUUUGUCGCACGUUGGAAAUGGCGCAAGAGGACCACGGCCUGUCCUGGAGCAAUCUGCCCACCGUUAUCCUGCAGGAGAUAUUCUCGUAUUUGCCGCACGAAACCAGAAUAAGAGCCUCCCAGGUGUGCAAGAAUUGGAGAAGCACUUUGUUUCACCCAAAUUUCUGGAAAAAAAUCACUUUUGUGUUCAGAGAUGAAGACAGCGUUUCAUGGGUUCGAUUCUUGACAAAUCGAUUUGCCUUGAGUGUACAUGAAGCUACGAUUCGUUGGGAUAAGCCUAGAUACAUCAAUUGCAUAGGUGAGACGUACAGGCUCUUGAAGAAAUUAGGUCGCAAUAGACAAUUGAGAAAAUUGUUCUUGGAAUUCCAUAGUGAUAAACAUACUUAUGAUUGUUUUUUCGACAACGAGUUUGACAGUAACUACAAAAGCUCCACAUCGAUAGUGAAAUCCAUAGUAAAUAUUAUUGAAACCUCUAAUUGCCUGGAGACCCUAAGUCUGGGAUGCAGGGAAGAGCUGAUAGUGGAUUUAUCUAUGAUUUUGGAACCUCUACGUCUUCAUCACUCCAAACAUUUAACACACCUCAGUCUGGCAUCCAUCAAGAACGAUCCUGAUUAUUAUGACUUCUACGAGCUUGAUAACUCGAUUUUUAAUUCGUUUAUCAGAUUGUCUAUCUUAACUCUGGAUUACGAGUACGUCAGUGAUACAUUGUUGGAGGCGUUAGAUAACGGAUGUAUGCAGAGACUUGUGAUUCAUAUACAUGGCUGGAGAGAGGAUUAUUUGGGAACGACAAAUAUGGCCUGGCAAAUGUUUGUUCAGAAAAACCCGCAGUGUGAGCUCAGGCUAAAUCUUAUACAUUCUUAUGCCGGCGUCAAGGUUUUGGACACUGAUAUAUUUUGUCCUGCCAUGCCACUAACACAUUUACAAGUCUUGUUCUGUGAAGAUGUCAAUAUCGCAGCCCUACAUCAAUUAUCAAUGUGGUAUUCACAAACGCUGAAAUCAUUAACAUGGAUAGACUCGAUAGAUCGCAAGCAGUAUAUACCAUCUACGUAUGAUCGAAAUGAUCCAAAUAGUCCAGACUCUUUGGUGUUGGUGGCGUGGAAGUGUACUAAACUUAUGAAAAUGGUGUUCCUGGGUCAUAAAUAUUAUCAAGAGAAUCUGUUGGCUAUCGCACGUCUCAGAGGCAAUACUCUUAAAUUGUUGGUAUUCGCAGAAUGUGAUAUCACAGCUGAAUUGUGGACUGAAGCGGAAAAUAUCAGACGUGAAAUUCAAGAUAUAAUGGGUCCUCAUUGGAUGCUAUUGAGUAACGCGGAUCUACCAAAGGUGGUACGGGAUCCUUUCAAAGGCGAUAGUAGAGAAGUAAUUAUGCCGCUGGUUCUCAGUGAUCAAAACUAAUUCUCAACAGAAGCCAAGGAAAAUCUCUCUCCAGUGUGAUUAUCUAAAAACCAAUCUUCGGGCCAUCAACAUUCUCAGAAGUAAUGUUAUGAAAUUAUAUCUUUUAUUCUUCUACAAGAUUUUUUUAACGAGGAUGAAACAUCGAACAGAAAAAUACUGUAAGUCCGAAAUCUCGUUGUCAAUGGCGUUAUCGUUUUCCGAGUUGAAAAUUUCUGGGUGCGAUAUAUGAGAGAUAUAGAGAGAUAAACGCGCACACACGUAACUUUCUCCUCGUUUACAAUCCUUCUAUCGGUUAUUAUAUGAAUGUGAUAAAAUUGUAGUCAAACUAGAGAUCUACUUUCGACUUGAUGAUAUAUCUGAUGCAAAUUACAACACAUUUGCAAACAAUGAGACGAUCUCUUCAACUAAGGGAUGAUCUCUCAAGUGAUUUAUAUGCACUAUAGUUUUCUCCUUACGGAAAAUCAUGAAUCGCGCUUUGAUGUUGACAAAGUGAUGUUAGGAGUGUGAUCAUAAACGUACAUUACUGCAUUAAGAGCGAUAUAUUAAUAUAUAAUAUAUAUAUCGCCUCUCUCGCCUAUUAAGUCGAUAUUGCCAGAAAAAAACAGAGUACAUUUUAUAUAACUACAAUUAUUAUUCUGGUCAAAGAGAGCGGCAUAUUAGAACGACUUAGCUGAGAACAAGAUUGCAAUGUAAGAAGACUGUGUCUGAAUCUUGCAAGAGAUAAGCGCAUGCAAAGCGCAGUGGAGCUGGAGCAAGAAUACGAAUAAUUUCUUCAGCAAAGAAAAAAAAAGAGAAAUCGUACAACAUAGGAGAGAGAGAGAGAGAGAGAGAGAGAGAGAAAGAAAGAAAGAGAGAAGGAGAUUUGGAUCUCGUGAUCUUCCACUGGAAAGAAUAACAAAAUUCCAAACGUAUGUAAGUAGAAAUGCGUUUAACAACAUAUUUUUCCAAUUCUCUGGGAAGUUUAGAUGAUAGCGAGCGCCAAGAGCAUGACGUGCGAGAGUAAAUAUCUAGUAAGACUUCGCGAAGAGUUCGUCGAACGAGCGGCGCGGGAGCAUAAAGAGUCUUGAAGACAAAGGAGAAAAUAGAGAGAAAGAUAGAGCACGAAGUGAAUACAGCGAUCCGAGGUUAUUUUUAAUACCAAGACCAAUCGGACGCAUUUGUACAAAUGUUAACAUAGCGCGCACACCGGAAAGAGCGCAUGCGGUCCGCUCGAUAAAGUACGUAAAGCGAAAACGAAACAAGUGAAAGAGUCGUUCGGUAUGUAUCCACAUGCCUGUCCAUGUAUAACUUUCGACAGGAUGAUAACGAGUAGCGAUCGAACGAGAAAUAUAUAUAUCGUGCUCUUAGCGACCGCUGAUGACGAAUACACGAAUAUAGGUAUAUCUGUAAAAUCGGAGUUAUUAAUCGCUAAUCGUAUAUGUAUGUAUAUGUAUGUAUAACUGUAUUAUCUGUCGAACUUUAAACACGUCAACAACCGGACGCAGCGCGCAUCUAUUUCUGUCGUGCGAUUAACUGACGAUUCUGAGAGCGUGUUUAAAAGAGAGAAAGGAAGCGCGAGAGGAAGAGAGCGAAAGAGAGAAAUCGCUAUUCGUAACAAAGAUAAAAUACCAAAAUGCAACCACGCGCAUAUAUGCCGUAUAUACACACAGGUUACUAUUCCGAGAGGUUGUUUACUUUUUUUCGAGCCCUUGUAUAAUUAUAUUACAUUAUCGUGUAUAUCGUAACUUGUAGUCACACAUGUAUUCAUAUAUUGGUUUUUAUAUGUGGUUUCUGUACAUACAUCUCUCCAUGCGUUCGAGAUACACUGGAUACACGCGCGAACAACGCGGAGUUGCGUGUGCGGAAAAUGUACACGAGGAAGAGAAGAAAGUGGAAAGAGAGGAGAGAUAAGGGAAGCACAAAAGAAAGAAGAAUGGAGGAGAUAAAAAUGCGAAGGAUGGAAGGAAAGCGACGUUCGACCAUAGCUUUCUUUACGACCACAGCUGUUAUACAAGAUGAACGGGCCUUAAUAUGUACCUGAGAGAGUCGCGGAUAAGGGUAAAUUCGCUGAGAAAUCUGUCACGCGACAUCCACCAUAGAGAGAUAACCAGAUUAAACACCUUAUAGCGGUCGGCCGUCCUCGCGAACGUGCGGGACGUAUGUGCACACGCGCCCCACAUUUGCCAGGACCACGCGGCCAGAAACUACUAAGGUAUAUCACGCUCGUGCCCUUUCAUUUCGUAUUCCGCGCGUGUAUAUUUUUACAUCAGACGAAAGAGAAAGGGAAGAAAGUCGUAACGCGAAACGAGAGGAACCGACUAAAGGGUUUCCAAGAGUCGUAACUAUUACCGUACGAACGCGGACGUGAUCGACUAACUAACGCUCGUCCGUGGACCGCCGAUACCACGCGGACAAAGACUUUACCAAGUAAUUUUACGUUUCUUCUCGUUUUUCUUUCAAACAAACGGAAAUUCCGCGUGAAGAAGAAAAAGAAGAAAAGCAAGUAAAACUAUAUUCGGGGACGCGGUGCCCAGCGUGUGAGUGUGAUAAACGAGCGAGAGAGAGAGAGAGAGAGAAAAGUGUGAGAGCAAAAACCAUGCGACAAUUACGCGAGAGCAAGUUAAAUAGCGUGCGAUAAUAGAGGAAAAAAUCAAGAGAAAUUCUUCGAGAGCGUGGAGCGAGAUGAUAAGCGUUUGAAUGUAAUAACGGAUAUCCGCGAAUCGUAGAAACAAAUCAAGUGAUAUGAUAGUACCAUCUCUGCGAGUCCUCUGUAAUAAAGUAAUAUCGUGUGUAGAGAAAAGCGGUCGUGCAGCCGCUCGACGCGGGCACAACGCAACUACGUAACCACGUGUCACUAGCGUGAUAACGACAAAAACCACAUAAGACAUAAGACUGAACCUGCCGAAAGAGGUGUAUACAACACAAGUCGAGCGGGCUGCACGUUGCCGCCGCGCGUUGCCAUAUUCAUAAGAAGAGGCAGGACGGAAAGCACAUCCGAUCGAAAAAAAAAGUGUACGUGUGUUCCAAGUUGAACACAAUAACCGUCUUUCCUCACGGUAUUCUCCGCCGCGCUUGAUACGCGCGGCUCUCCUUCCACGUUGCUUUCCACCUCGGCCUGGUCUAAAUCGCUUCGCUGUUGCGAUCGAGCGAACGCGAACGUUAUUUAUGAAUAUGCGCGUCGCGAAAGCGAAAUAAAACAAAAGGGAUGGUGCACAAGCUAGCGUUUAGAUCGGAAUAAGCCCUGAGAGAGCUCACUCGACGGCGGUUCUCGUAGAAGCCGAUAUUAUAAACUAAACCCUUAAAGCACAGCCUGCCAAGAAUCAAAAUACUGUAAAAUAUCAAACGAACGCUAGCCAGUACAGAAUGCUAAGAUCUAUUUUUUAAGAAGCGAAUGUAUAUUUUUGUACUAAGGCAGGCCUUAGCGUGUGAUCGUGUCUUCUUGCGCAUAAAUGGCGAGACGAGAGCUGUGAUUGUAACAUGUGUUGGCUACGCGAGACAAAGAGGGAGAGAGAAAUCAACACGGGAAAUGUAUGUCGAAAGCGUAAAUCGUGCAUAGUAUGCGAACAGCACGGGGAACACGACACGAGGAUCCCUGAUCGAUUGUUACCCGAGUGAGCUGUAGGCAUAGACAGGGCGUUAUAAAAUCGAGAAUAAAACAUCUGUGAUAAAGUAGAAAAUCUUACAAGCGUAUUCGAGGGUGGAUGAAGAUCGGCGAGUGUCGGUAGAGAGUAGGAAGACAAAAA